UCCUCAGCCACUGCCUGCCCAGCCCUGAGCAGAGCCCUGGCCUCUGAGCACAUGGAUCUUGGAAUUACUGCAGAGAAUGAGAGUGUGCAGCUGGAGGACAGGAACCAGGAGGGGCAGCAGCCUGGAGACCCACAGGAGGAGAUGGGGGAACUGCCUGGCUCCAGCAUGGACUUCCCAGCCAGGAUGGUCCUGAGUGAGGAGGAAAAACUGAAGAUUUCCAAGGACCUGGUGGAUCUCCAGAUCGAGACAAACAGGAUGAAGGAGCGUUAUGAGACAGAGAACUUCCAGCUGAAAACCAUGAUGCAGGAGCUGGAGAGGCGGGUGCAGGAGCUGGAGCAGGGCCGGGAUUCGCUUCGGGAGGAGCGGGAUUCCCUUCGGGAGGAGCGGGAUUCCCUCCGGGAGCGCCUGCAGGGCCUGGAGAGCAGCCGGCAGGAGCUGGGGCAGGAGUUCAUCAUCCUCAAGAGCAACUACCUGGCCCUGGGCAGGGAGCUGGACAAGGAGGUGCUGAGGAAUGAGGAGCUGACCCAGGAGCUGCUCAGCCUGGCCAAGGAGAGCAGCCUCCCCCCUGGCCUGGCCCAUCCCUCCUCCCCGGGGCUGGGAAGAGGCAGAGCAGCAGGACAGCCCCGCUCUGCUCACAGGGGCAAGCAGCCUGAGGAUGCAGCUGCCCCUGAGCACGAGCAGCAGGAGCUGGAAAGAAACUUGCCUGGAAACCAGGAUCACAUAAAAGCAGAGCUGGAAAAGCUGAAGAAAAGGCACGAGGAGCAGCAGCAGAAGCUGGAGGAGCGAGUGCUGGCGCUGGGGCAGGAGCUGCAGGAGGCGAAGGGAGCGGCCGGGGCCGAGCACUCAGCGGUGCUGCUCUCGGCCCAGGCCCGGCUGCGCGAGGUGGAGGCGGAGAACGCGCGGCUGCAGCUGCAGCUGAAGGAGCUGAACGAGGAGUAUCGGUGCCGGCUGGCACAGUGCCUGGGGGACCUGGCUAACUACAUGGACAGCAAACCCAGCAGCGUGCCAGGACACAGCAAAGCCCCAGCUGACCACGCUGCCAUGCAGAGCUUUGUGGACAGCAUGCUCAGGGACAUCCAGGCCUCCUACAGGCGCCGGGAGGAGCAGCUGGCCCGGGCAGCCCGGGGCUACAGGAAACGCCUGAAGGAGCUGGCCAAGAAACACGAGAACCUGCUCAUUGCCUAUGGGCUGCAGCGGGAGCAGAUCCGCGCCCUGGGCAGCACUGCCAUGGACGGUGGCCCUGCCGAGCUCCACCUGACCAUCCCUGACCCCGAGCUGCUGGCAAACAGCUCCCGGGAGCUGCACGGCCUGCGCCAGCACAAGGCACGGCUGGAGCUGCAGCUGCAGGAGCUGCAGCAGAAAAGCCUGAAAGGAGCCUCUGCCCUCGCAGUGCCUCCGGAGCAGCAGCUGGAUGAGGAGGGCUGGGCAGAGAUCAGGAGGAAGCUCCGGGAAUUCACACUCAACACCCAGGAGGAGCUGGAGCAGCAGAGGAGCCAGCUGCUGACCCGGGCUGUGGUGGCAGAGGAGCAGGUGCUGGAGCUGCAGGGCUACAUCGACCAGCACCUUGCCAGGUACAAGCAGGAGAUCCUGCGCCUGAGGAAGGCAGAGGGCAGCGAGGUGCCCCCAGUGCCCCGUGCCAGCAGUGCCAGCCAGGAGCCAGAGCAGCCCCAGCCUUGGGAACAGCCCACUGCAGGGAAGGACUGAAAUGAGACCAGACAGCGGCGGCUGGGCUGUGCCCUGCAGGAAUUCUGCUCCUCCCUGAGCACCCCUGGGACACAGGCAGGGAUCCCAGGCAGCUCUGCACUGCUGGGAGUGCACUGCAGGGACAGCUUCCUGCUCCUGAUGGAAUAUUUUCCCUGGAUGAGACCUGGACCUGGACCAAGGGCUGCUCCUGCCUUGCUCCCCUCACCUGAGACAGAGCCAGGCUGGCUCAGACCAGUAUUUGUUCUGGGCUUGGACAAAGGGAUGAGCUGCUCUUUUACUGGGAGGGUGGGGAA